AUGGUAUCUGCAGAAGACAAGUUGGCAAAGAGGAUUCUGGCAAGGAAAAAGCAUGACAAAUUGAAGAAAAAAGAUAAGUUGCUAUGGAAUUUUCAAAACAAAAUAAUUCUCUUUACCCUCAUUCUAUUCAUUUUAGGAGUUGUAACCUGGACAUUACUGUGGCUCUUCAUUGUUCAGGCAGAAAACAAAGAUGCAUUGUAUUUUGUUGGACUGUUUCGUGUUGCCAACAUAGAGUUUCUUCCAGAAUAUAGGCAGAAAGAGUCAAAGGAAUUCCUCUCUAUGGCACAGACUGUGCAGCAUGUGAUGAACUUGGUCUACACAACUUCUUCUUUCUCCAAAUUUUACAAGCAGUCCACAGUCUCAGAAGUCAGCAACAACAACAAUGGAGGCCUUCUUGUUCAUUUCUGGAUCGUCUUCGUGGUGCCCCAGGCCAAGGGGCAGGUGCUGUGUGAGGAUUGUGUGGCUGCCAUUUUAAAGGAUUCCAUUCAGACAAGUAUCACUAACAGGACCUCAGUGGGAAGCCUUCAGGGCCUUGCAGUCGACAUGGAUUCCAUUGUCCUAAGUGCAGGUCUUCGGUCAGAUUAUUGGUCAACAACAGGAACAGGAACAAAUUGCAUGUAUGAUCUCUAUGCUGACCAACUACAUGAGCACUUUCCUCUGGAUACUCAAGCUACCUCAGAGGGAACAAUCUGCUAUUUUAAGCUCAUUGCAUCUGUGGGCCACGUUGUCCGCCUUUCCAUAGUCUCCCUUCAGAUUGAAGCAGAUAACUGCAUCACUGACUCGCUCACCAUUUAUGACUCUCUGGUGCCCAUCAAAGAUAAGAUCCUCUACCGAGCCUGUGAACCAGCUGAUUCAUUGGUGUCACUUGUGUCCACAAAUAAUCUCAUGCUGGUAAUAUUUAAGGCAGCACAAGUAAAGGAGCAAAAGGAAUUCCACGGCUAUUUUGAGGUCAUUACACAAGAAAGGUGUGGAAAAGCAAUAGUGACAAAAGAGGAAACUGGCUAUGAAGGGAGAAUCACAAGUCCCUAUUACCCAAGCUAUUAUCCUCCAAAAUGCCUAUGUGCAUGGAAUUUCCAGACUCCACAGAAGAGCCUUGGUAUAGCCCUGAAGUUCCAUAACUACACCAUUAGUGAGAAGAAUAUUAAAGGCUGUGAGCGAGGAUGGUGGAAAAUUAAUGAACGUAUGUACUGUGGUUACUACAUCGAUCACCAGACAGUGUUCCACAUCACCAGCUCUGCUGCCAGCGUGGAGCUCCAGUGCAGCUCCAAGGUCUCCGAGAAGCCCCUGCUGGUGGAGUACGGCAGCUAUGCCAUCGGCCAGCCAUGUCCACCUGGACAUUUCAAGUGUUCCACGGGCUUAUGCAUCCAGCAGAUGCAGCGCUGUGAUGGCAUAAACAACUGCUUCGACGAAAGUGAUGAACUCUCUUGUGUUGUCCGUGAGUGGAACUGUAACUCCAGCUUUGCAAUACAGGACAACUUGCUCGCCUGCAAUGGAGUGAGUGACUGUGAGAAUGGAAAAGAUGAGCAGAACUGCACCCACAGUAUUCCCUGCACCAACCACACAUUCAAGUGCAGGAAUAACAUUUGCAUUAGGAAACAAUAUGCAAGAUGUGAUGGGACUGUGGACUGUGUUGAUGGAAGUGAUGAAAGCAGCUGCAGUUGUGGCAGUAGCAAGAUCAACAACCUCAUCUCUCGGAUUGUGGGCGGCUCGAACACUGAGGAAGGCGAAUGGCCCUGGCAGGUCAGCCUUCAUUUUGUGGGAGCUGCUUACUGUGGAGCAUCAGUGAUAUCCAAAGAAUGGCUUGUGUCUGCAGCCCACUGCUUUCAAGGGAGCAAGCUGGCAGACCCCCGAGCGUGGCGUGCCCACCUGGGCAUGCGGAGGCAGGGCCGCGCCGCGCUGGUGGCCGCGGUGCGGCGGAUCGUGGUGCACGAGCUGUACAACAGCAGGAACUACGACUACGACAUCGCGCUGCUGCAGCUGAGCGCGCCCUGGCCCGACACCAUGGGCCACCUCAUCCAGCCCAUCUGCCUGCCCCCGUCCUCCCAGCGAGCCCGCAGCGGGGACAAGUGCUGGAUCACAGGCUGGGGCCAAAAGCAGGAAGCAGACAAUGAAGGUUCGGCAGUUCUUCAGAAAGCAGAGGUAGAAAUUAUUGACCAGACGCUGUGUCAUUCCACGUACGGGAUUAUCACAGCUCGGAUGUUCUGUGCCGGGCUGUCGUCUGGGAAAAGAGAUGGGUGUAAAGGUGAUUCUGGUGGACCACUGUCAUGUCAAAGCAAUGGAGAUGGAAAAUGGUUUUUGACUGGCAUUGUGAGCUGGGGUUAUGGAUGUGGAAGACCAAAUUUCCCAGGUGUCUACACAAGAGUGUCAAAUUUUGCACCAUGGAUACACAAAUACGUGCCUUCAGUCUUGUAACUUGAAAACUGUUUUCUUGGGAUAAAAUGUGACCUGGACAUCUUCAUUAAAGUCAUAUUUGGAGAAACUGUUCAGUUGUGGAA